CGAGAAUUUCAGCCAGGGGUUGUCUGCCAUGGUGAGAGCUGUCGGAAAGCGCCGCUGGUGGAUCCCUCCCAUGGUGCAAAACAUCACCGCUGCUCUCGAGGACCAGGAGUUUGCCGGAGUGCCACAAGUAGCGGCAGCUAUCUACAUCGAGCUGCUCAGCUGCCGUCUGCAGGUCUAUCCCUGUGAAGAAACACUGGAGCAGCUCCUCACCUGGAUGAAACAUGACCACCUGCAAGUCCGGAAGCUCAGCGCCAGAGGAAUAUCCCUGCUUCUGGACUCGGACAUGGACCCUUCGCUUCUGCGGCUGUUGCUGCUGGAUUCCCUCCCUUGUGCAGAAGCCGAUGUCCUCCCAGACUUGAUGAACCUGGUAGACCAAGCCUAUCUCUCCAGGGAGCUGGGAGAGGAAGAGCUGAAGAUGCUGGCAGCAACCUACUGCGGUCUGGCUGCCCAUGAGGAUGACUCUGUCCGGGCAUCAGCCAUUCAACAUCUGGGGCUGCUUCGGGCCUGGGCCAGAGACCAAAGGCUUCCCGUAACAACAACAACAGAAGAAGAAGCCAUUAAUGAACUGGUCAUCGUCCUCAUUCACCUGGAAGACGAGGAUGAGGUGGCCAAGGCCGCAAGGAGGGCUCUUUCCCAUCUAGCCCCAAAAGUCAAGUGGUGGGCGCAUCCCAACAAAUUUAGCCUCCACUUUGCACUCCACCAGGCUGCCAAGCAUCUGAGCAAGACCUUCAGCAAGAACAUCCUUCGGAGUGCUGCCUUGACAUGUACCAAGCCGUCGGCCAACAGGCUGCCAGCCGUCUCCAGGGUGGCAGCUCUGCUUCUGGGGCUGGAAGAGAUGCAGCAGCACGAGGAAGAAGGGCUCAGGCGGACAGGGAGGAGCUGCCUGAACAUCAUGCAGCGGGCCUUGGAACAUCGGCAGAAAGGCAGGGUCCAGCGCCUUGUGAGGAGGCUGCUCCGCUGUGGUCACAGGGAACCUUACCCGCAGGACUUCCUGAGCUGCAUGCCAGGUGAGUGAGGCGUCUGGUGGGCUAUUUGGAAGUCUGGUGGGCUGUU